AUGAACACCUCUGAGUUGAACUACUUUGGCCAAGACAUCCUCAUUGCUUAUUUAAAAGAACGAAAAUGUAAAUCCUACAAAGGAUUCUUAGAUCUACAUUAUGAUGACUUGAUCACUUCCUCAUCAUCAUUCUCAAACUGGAAAAAAAUGGAUAAUUAUUGGGCAUUUAAAUUUUUAAGAGAAGCAGAGAGCCUUGGGCUAGAUUUAAAUGAAAAGGUAAAAUCAGAGCGUUUAGGAAAAUGGGUGAAGAUAUAUUGGGAAGGAAUCAUUAAAGAACAUAAAAAGUUAAUUUACAUAUCUAGUCCAACUUCUAACACAUCUAGUCCAGAUUUUACUAGUAAAGUUGCUUCUAGCACAUCUGAUCCAGCUUCUAUUAGUAAAAUUCAUAAUUUAAGAAAGAGGCAAAUCAUAGAUUAUAAUGAAAAUCAGAUGGCAAAAAAGAAUAUAAGAAGACAAUUCACUCAAUCAAAUGAUAAAGUCAUUCAGUCUGCUCAAGUGGUUCAAUCCAAAAAUGAAAAUGAAAAUGAACAAGAAAUUGAUAACUUAACCAAUUUUGAUCUUACCUACCAUAGCCUAAACCCAGCAAAAAUGUGGACUCUUAAAUCUUCUGGUUACUAUUUAAAAGUAAUUUAUGAAUAUGCACAAAAUUUACCAUAUGAAUCAUAUUUACAUUCCUUUAUUAUUAAUGAUGUUGAUAAAGAAGCAGAAUCUUUAUUUCAAGAAGAAGAAUGGGAGGAAAUAUUUUCUUUUAACUUACAAAAAGUACCAAAAAUUGAUAAAUCACUUACUGAUCUUAUGAAAAAGUAUUCUAUUACUGACUUAUCCUUAUUUCAAAAAAUCAUUUUUGAGCCUUUCUUACCUGCUAAUAUUUUAUAUUCCAAUAAGGAACAUUUUGACUUAAAUUACAUUCAUCUUGCAUACAGUAUAAUACACACACUUUGGGAAAAUGAAGAUUUCACUCUAGAUUCAUCAAGAUUAGAAGGAUGGUAUCAGCAUAAUAUAUGGAGUCCCAUUAUUGAUCCAAUAUUUCAUAAUUCAAAAAUCAACUUGGUACGGGGAGAAGGGGAUAGAUUAGAAAUUGGUGGAAUUGAAGCUGGAAGAAAAUGGGAGGGAAAAAAUGGAAGAAAAUAUCUUCGAGAUAGUUUGAAGUUAGGUAAAAUGCUUAGGGAUAUGUUAGUACAACUUAUAAAAGAAUGUAAUGGUGAUGAACAAAUUAUUAGAAAACUACAAACUGUUGGAAUGUUACAUAGUGCUAACCGAUUUCAACUUAUUACCAUGGAUAUUCCAAAUGGAUAUAUAUGUCGAAUUAAACGUUUUGACAUUCAGGAAGUUGCUGGCCAGAUAAAUAACCCUCCAUUAGCAUUUGUAAUAAAAGAUAUAUUAAGAGCAAAGGCAAUUAUGAUGCAAACUUUAGAAUUAGUACAAGAAAAGAAAUCCAAUCUUAAUGACCUUGAUGACUUUGAUGAUAAUGGAAAAGAAGUUAAUAGAUCAGAACAAUAUACAACUCAUCAAACAAUUACCUUAAGUGAAACUCACAAAACUCCAUCACGAAAUUUCAAGCAAUCACUUUAA